AUGGACGCUCCAAGCACUCGACAUGGAAGUCAUCCAUCAGACUCGAUUCCUGACGCCGCUUAUCCCAACGACUCUCCUUAUCGACCCGGCGAUCACUCUCCUCCAACCAUGGUCACUCCCGGCGCAUCGCCAUCUUCAACACCGCCAACACACUUCGGCGCCAGUAUCCCCGCAUACUCCAGUCCAACAUCAUCACCGUGGUCCCCCGCUAUACCCUCAAGUCCACCUCCUCCAUACGAUCCGUCCCGUCCGCCAGCGAUAUACUCUCCACUCGCACCACCAUCGCCAAUCUCCCCGCCUCCUCCUCAGUAUCCGCCUGCGACGCCUUGGCCAUACCCGCAAGGCAGCAGUGCUGGCUCUAGUUUGAAUGCGCCUUACAAGAUGGGACCUGUAGCUACGGCGAGAGCUCGACGGAAGAGAAAACUGCAGAUCCUCGCUUUGGCGCUUUGUGCGGUGAUGAUCUUCUUCGUUGCGUUGAUCAUGGGAAUUCUGAUGGGUGUUGUGAAGGUGCAGUGGAAGAACAACAACAACAACAACAACAACGAUGAUUAG